AUGCCCACGACUCGCUCGAAGGGCUUGGAGCCCUACAUCGACGUCCCAGCGCCGCGGCACUCGGCUCGCACCACUGGCAUCGUCCCUCAACAUCCGCCCAAGCCUGUACCCAAGAAGGUCAAGCGCAAGACGCUGGCUGCUGCUACUGCUCCGAAGAAGACUGCUCCGCGUACUGGCACCGCGGUUGAGGCUGCAGAGGCGGGAGGAACGGGCGGGACGAACGCAGACGGCGAGGAGGGUAAUGGGAGCGAGGACGAGGAGGACUCCGGUUCCGAGGUUGAGCGCAUGUUGACGUCGCCGGGCAAGACGCAGGAUGGGAAGGGCAAGGCGUCGGAGAGGACGGCCAGGCGGGACACGACGGCCGUUCCAGAAACGGAGAAUGAGGGUGAGGGCGCGGCUUUCGAGGAGCUGCACCGAAGUCAGCGGGCUGCGCGGACCUACGGGAAGAAGGGGGUCGCGGCAAAGGGCAAGGAGAAGGCGGUCGAGCCGGUGGAGGAACCUGAAGAAGUGAGCGAAGACGAGGAAGACCAGCUCGAAUCCGACAAUACCGCUCCUCCCGCCGCCGCCCAGAAGGAGAACGCCGCUCCAGCUACCGCCACAUCAAAGCGCGGUGCCCGCGCUCCGCAAAAGAAGCGGAAGGCGUCACCGAAGAAGCGAGUCACACCUCGACGUCGCGAACCUUCGCAAACUCCGCCUUCCCCCAACACUCGUCGUACGCCCGCGCAGCGCGCCGCCUUCGACAGUCUCAGUGAUUCGGGCGCUGGUGACGAGGAGGAGGAGAUGAAGCAGGGAUUCUCGAAUCCACCGCAGAUCUUCCAGCAUCGCUCCGACGGAGGCUGGACGCCCGACAGGAUCUGGCUGCAUCACGAGUGGAAGAAGGAGGGCAAGCGGGACAGGAUCGUCAAGUAUAUCAAGGACCACGGCGGCAAGGUCGUAACGAAAAUGCACAACGCCGACUUGGUGAUACUGCCGCCGUACUACGAGGACUGCUACGCCCAGUUGUACUCCGACUCGCUUCGUUGCGAUGCCGUCCCGAUCACCUACCCGUGGCUGAAAGACUGCUCAGAUCGCAGCUACGCCGAAGAUCGCCCAACUCGCCUCGAGCCGCUGAAGUACGUCGCUUCUGCGCCAACCAAGCGCGACAAUCGCUCGAGACGGUAUCGCCGGCUCAACCAGGUCGAGAAGGACAAGAUGGCCGAAUUCUACGCGUUACUGCAGGCUGGCAAGAUGGGUCGCCGCGAGUUGUCGGAGCGGAUGGAGCGCCUUCUCUACGACCAGACCGGUCGCACGAGGUCAGAAUACAGCGCGCUCCUCGACGAGUACGAACAUCAGAUCAAGGGGCUUGCCAAGCGUCUCCCGGAUCAACGGCGAACCGACAGCCAGCUCUUCAACAACGACGCAACCGACUCCGACGCUCCAUCUCCGCACGCACAACCUCCUCGCAAGCGCCGACGCACCUCUUCCGCCUCCGGCAACGUCGACCCGGCGCUCGACUACACGACCCUGCACACACAGCUCUCGCUCGCGUACAAGCGCCCUCUCCCGCUCGUCGAGGCGAUCAGCCUCUCUUGCAGCCUCUUGAUCGCCCGCGCCGAGAGGGUCCUUGCGGCGCUGGAGGAAUGGGAGAUGGCGACGAUGGAGCUGCCCGUCGAGGAGGCCGUGGCGGGCGAGGCGGCGGACAGGUUGUUGGAAGAGGUCGGACCGAUCUGUUGGGGCCCAAGGACGGACAAGGAUAUCGUCAAGGGGAAGAGGAGCUUGGAGGAGAUUGCAGAGCGGCGCGGGAAGACAGUUGAGGAGGUCGAAGACAGGCGGGAAUUUCUCGAGGCGCUUGGCGAGGAUGACCGACUGGGAUGGUUUCCGAACGAAGUGGGGCUCAACCGCGUACUGGAGGAACGUUUGGAGGAAGAGUCGGAAGGAGGCGGAGGGCAGUCUGGAGCGGAGGAAGGAGAUGAGGAAGAGCUGUUCCCGCUUGUUGUUCCGGGCGCGAUGUCUGCGUAG